GCGGACUUUUCUAUCUACACUAUUGUAUACCUCACGUCUUUUUGGUCCUCUACGAGAAAGGCGCCGGACACCCACAACCAUCACCCCCGCAAAAACAUCCCUUCCCACCCCAGCCUUGGGAUCAUCAUCAUGGACCCCAAGUUGAAACGCAUCAUAGAAUUGAUCGAGUCCAAGAAGAAAACUUCACAUCCAUGGAAGCGUCAAGAACCUCACAAUCAACCAUAUUAUACCUUUUCGCCUACUACAUCAUCAUGGGAAGCGACAACCCCUCCCGGUCCAUCGUCAGCAUCGGGCCGGGGAAGCCGAUCGACGACAACAACGACAGGAAGAACAUUUACCUUGGUGUCUUGGAACAUCGACUUCAUGCUCCCUUACCCUGAUGAACGUAUGAAGGCAGCGUUGAACCAUCUCCACUCUCUGACAACCACCCAAACCUCCAACCCAACCAUCAUCCUCCUUCAAGAGAUGUUGGAGUCCGACCUCGCCCUGAUCCAGGCCCAAUCCUGGAUCCGCUCAGGCUACAACAUGACCGACGUCGACAAUACCCACUGGGAGUCGGGUCACUACGGCACCGUGAUCCUCAUUCCCAAGUCACUCCCUGUCAAGUGCGUGUUCAGGGUUCACUACGAAGCGACGGUGAUGGAACGUGACGCUCUCUUCGUCGACCUCGACAUCCACGGAGGAGGCCAGACUGUGCGCAUCUGCAACACCCACUUGGAAUCCCUCAUAGCCGACCCGCCCAGACGUCCCCUACAACUCGCCACGGCCGCAAGGUACAUGCGACCCCACGACCACGACGGCGGCGCCGCCGCCGUCACGGCGUCCGUCCUGGCCGGUGACCUCAACGCCAUCCAGCCCUUUGACAAGACCUUACAUUCCGACAACGGCCUCGAGGACGCCUACCUGUCCCUCGGCGGCCAGGAGGACUCGGACGACGGCUUCACCUGGGGCCAGCAGGCUCCCACCAAGCAGCGAGACAUGUUCGGUUGCAGUCGCAUGGACAAGAUUUUUUUCUGUGGCGCCGUCGAAUGCACCAGGUUCGAGCGAAUAGGCACGGGCGUGACGGCCGACGAGGAGCACGUCAAGGGCUGCUUGGUCCGGGAAGAAGGCAUGGACCGAGGCUGGGUGACUGACCAUCUGGGUGUCUCGGCAGACUUCACCGUCCUUCGCGACGACCACGACGGUUUGCCUAUCGAGCCCAAGAUCUAAAACGAUCCGUCCGGAUUGAGUGAGCUAUAAUCGAGAGAUGUGCACGAGCGAAGAAAAAGUGUAGUCCAUGACGUUUCAUGAUGAAAGAUAGUGUUUUGAUUCGGAGCGCCCAACAGAAAAAUAGGACCUUGACGACAACAAUGACGACCAGUCCCUGCUAGUCAUGAUUGUCUUAUGAAUAUUGAUCCCAUUCUCGCAUACAAGCGUAAGCGGCAGCAGUCCCAGAAUUCCCUUUCACCAAAGCUAGCU